UCCGGGUGUAGCUUUUCUACAAGCAUCGUAGUCGUUAUCUUUCAUUUUAGCUCAAAGUGAGAUUACAUUUUGACUGGUAGAGAUCAUAAAAUACCCAAACUCAUAAAUGAAUGUUGAAUUUGAUGUUGAUGAGCAAGACAACAUUCUCUUGGCCGAUAUCAUUGAUUGCGAAACUUGGCCCGCUGGUGAUUCGCGUUUGAUGGUUGCCAAAGAAGACUGCCGCUCUACAUGCUGCUCAAAUUUUUGGUCUUUCGAACUAUAUGAUUUGGUCGACAUUGUGUGUGAAACAAUUGAACCAUUUUGUCAACUUAAAGAAGGCUGAUAUGGAGUUACGUGGUGUACGUAAAGC